UCAUGUGGCUGCAUUGUGAAAGCAGGUCCUCUUCUGCCUACUGGAAAGUGUCAGUUAGUCGACUGGUUGAGGAGCGGAAGGAAACUUUGCAAGUUGGUGUGAGAAUGAAACUCCUGUGCAUCGUCGCCGUGACCCUCUGCCUUUGCGCCCUUCAAACCGCGGCCGUGCCCUUCUCCGAGACACUGACACAGGAGACCGGCCGGGGUGACACGCGAACUGAGGAGCGCUGGACACCCGCAGCUGCAGAAGAGACCAAUCCAUUGGUCCUCCUAAGGAUGAAGCGGCAGAGCCACCUGUCCCUGUGCCGGUACUGCUGUAAAUGCUGUAAAAAUCAAGGCUGUGGUUUUUGCUGUAAAUUUUAACCACCUCGUUGGACACACGGGGCCGGAACACUGCUGCGAAGAUUAACUUAUUACUGACAUAUUUCUAACUCCUGUAUUGCACUGGAUUUUUUCCACCCUGGUCAUUUAAUUCGUACUUCCGAAACCAGAUGAAUUUAUAAACGGCAAUAUUUUGGUUAUGCAAUCUCAAUAAUUUUCAUGACUAUGCUUAGAGCUCGUCCGCUGGAUUCCGUUUUAAUUAAUCAUUUUGUUGCUCGAAUCUGUUGACAAAAUAACAGAUUUGUAUGUUUUUUUAUGUAUAUUCGCCAUGUACUUACCAGUUGUUUUAUACACAAGUGUUUUGUUUCGUUUCUUCAAUAUAAGAUUUAUAUAGAUAUGUUUCAAAAAUAACAUGUGUUGUCAUGUAAAUAAACAAUUUAUGAUAAACAAUA